CCGAGAAUAUAACCAGUGAUUAAAUCCUAUGCGAAUUUAUGAUAAUUGAAUUGGUGAAUGGGUUGAAGCUUCAAACCCUGUAUAUAUCAUCGCAAUUGCGCGAGCCUCGACCGGACAUGUAUUGACAUGUAUUGAACCGCCACUGAGGGGUAACAGGUGGCCAAUACAUUAGCCGUCCGCAUCCUCCACUGGGGCGCAGCACAGGACGCGAUCGCGCUACACUGCAAUCUCCCAACUCAUCUCUAUUGUAACCGCUCUUCAAUUCAAAGAGAAUUUAUGUAGCGCGAAAAACAAAGCACUAUCGUGACUCCAAUCUGCCGAAAUGGAACAUUAGCAUGAACCUAGCAACAGUUGGAUCAAGUGAAGUUUCUUUAUCGGUUAUUCGUUAUUAAUUGCCAUUUCUGUUAUAAGAGGAAAUUAUUAAAUAUGCCACGGUGCUUAAUAAAGUCCAUGACGAGGUAUCAGAAGACGGGUCACUGCCACGAAGAUGUCGAUGUGGCUGGACUGUGGUUACCGCAACAAAGUGAAUCUAAAAAGAAGAACAAAGCCAAGGAGGUACCACCUAAAACGAAUAAUAUGUGGACUUGUCCGAGACUACCUAUUAUGACACGCUAUAAUUUCAAGAGGGAUGACAGCAUGCUUUGGUGUACGAGGAUUCCUGAUGAGUUGGGGUUACCCUUUGUUGAUUUUUCAACGGAGAUGGAAUCAGUUUCACCCGACGAUGACUUCUCCGCUGCUAAUCGUCAGAAAGACUCUUAUAAUGACGAAGGAUAUGUAGAAAAGGCUGAAAUGACAAAAUGUUUACGUCCACAAAACGCACACUUGGAUUCUUGUACAGAUAUUUGCAAACCUGAGAACAAAUUACCGUGUUCUGACAACUGUGAAAAUAUCGACGCAAGGCAGUCACCUACGAUACUUCCAUCUUCAAGUAAUAAAUCUAUAGACUCAGCGAGAUCUGAUUCUUUGAGGUACACCGAAGAGAAAGCAGGUUCUGACACCGGAAACUCACUUAAUUGGAAGAGAAACAAGGCGCUGCAUUAUUGUCCUUACUGUCAUAAGAGUUUCGAUCGCCCUUGGGUGUUAAAAGGGCACCUCAGACUCCACACUGGCGAAAGACCUUUCGAGUGUCCAGUUUGUCGUAAAUCUUUUGCAGACCGUUCGAACCUACGUGCACAUCAGAGGACUCGAAACCACCAUCAGUGGCAGUGGCGUUGUGGAGUUUGCUUUAAAGCUUUUUCCCAGAGAAGGUACCUUGAACGGCAUUGCCCGGAAGCGUGUCGAAAAUAUAGAAUAUCCCAAAAGAGGGAACAAAAUCUGAAUUAACGAGAACUCUACCUUAGUAAAUAAUUUACAUAUAUAAUGUGAAGGCGUA